UUAAAUUGGUAGCCACCGAUUGAACAUAUUACAUAACCUGAAACGGAGUUGGGAAAUUGUAAUGUGGUUUUCUCAUAGUUUUUCAUUAUUCCAAAUUUCCAAUCAUUGACAUCAGAAAAUUGAAAAAUAAAAAGGAAGUUCUUUUAUAACUCCAAAUGCAAUGCCAGAUGGUCAAGAGAAUUCUCAUCAGCAAUAUUCUCUCAAGAACUGUUAUAAAUAAUAGUACUAGCUAGCUCUUUUGUGUAGCUGUACAAAAAAAGCCAGAAAAAAUGGAUUCCCCAACAACAGCUAAAACCUUAAAGUACAAAUCCUCUCAGAAUCCUGCUAUUCUUAGUGUAACAGAAAAUCCUCUUCAGUACAGAGCCUUUGUCCAAAACCAUAUAGUACUAAAAGAUGCAUCUUUUUCCUCUUAUCUCAAACCUGAAGAAAAUAGUCCUGACGACUCCGAAAUUAACGUGUUUGAUGCGAAAAAAUAUUUCAGUGAAAGCAAUGAUUCCUCUCCAGAAGCUCAAAAAGACUUAGUCGUCGAUCAAUGCGAAUUAGCUUCUGUUCAGCGACAUUCAUCAGUUUCUUCCGUAGAUAAUGGCUACGGAAGAAACUUUCGUGCCAAUUCUUUUCAUGCUACGCCAACAGCUUCAUCUGAAGCUAGUUGGAAUAGCCAAACUGGUCUAUUAUCAAAUCCACCAGGUGCUAUUAAAGUUUCAUUAAGGAAUAUUAAUCCUAACGAGAAAAGAGGUUCAUUUAGUACUCGUAAAUGGUUUUUCUGCAGAAAAUGCCCUUGCACUGGGGAAAAAUCGGUGCAAGUCGAGGAAACUAACUCGGAGCCAAGGACAGAAACUGGCUCUGAAAGCUUUGCUGUCAAACACAAUCAUAAGGUAGUACUUGAGAAAGCUACCAACAUGUCUCAGAAAAAUCAGACUGAAGUACAACAAAGAGCAGCAAUUCUGAACUCAAAUAUACAUCCUCAGAGGCGUCAUCAGAAACUGCCAUAAAUAAAAUUGGAACGAUACAGAGAAGAUUAUCAGAGUCAGAAAGU